AUGGCUGAUGAUUUAAGGAGAAAAGUUGCCUUGUCCAAACUCGAGAAGGCCAAAAGUAUGCUAGAUGCGACUUUCCAAGAAGCAGAAGAGCAUGUUGAGGAUGGCGGCGAUGCACUAGGAGCCCUUCCAUCAUUGAAUGGUCAACUGAAUGGAAAUAGAAUCCAUAAAGGCAGUGACAGAAGCAUUGCUGACAGAAGUUCAAGCAAGAGAAAGGGCAAUUUACCCACUUGGAAGGACUUUUUUGAUAGUAAGGAAUUCGUAAAUCUUCCUGAAAGGAAUCUCAACAUAAAUACUUAUUACACGUUACCCACUUCAUCACUUUCAAACACCUCUUCAGUUCCGAUCUUUAUCUUCCAUCAUGGGGCAGGCUCCUCAGGCUUGUCGUUUGCCAACUUGGCCAAGCAAUUAAGUACUAAACUGGAAGGAAGAUGCGGAUGUUUUGCAUUUGAUGCCAGAGGACACGCUCAGACAAGCUCCACGAAGGCCGGGAAGCCCAUGCGCUUUGAUAGAGACACUUUUAUUGAGGAUUUCGUCAACUUACUAAAUUAUUGGUAUGAGUUUAAAAUAAGCAAGGAGCCACUUCAGAAGGUAUCUAUUAUCUUAAUUGGUCACUCUCUUGGUGGAAGUAUAUGUACUUUUGCAUACGCUAGGUUAGCAACAGAAUUACAAAAAAAAGUUCUUGGUAUUACUAUGUUAGAUAUCGUAGAAGAGGCUGCCAUUCUGGCCUUAAGUAAAGUUGAGCACUUUUUGCAGAGUACACCGAAUGUAUUCGAAUCAAUGAACGACGCUGUCGAUUGGCAUGUUCAGCAUGCACUGUCGAAAUUGAGAACAAGUGCGGAAAUUGCGAUACCAGCUUUAUUUACUCUAUCCAAAUCAGGGGAAGCUGUGAGGAUUACGAAGCUAGAGACCUUUAGUCCCUUCUGGGACACAUGGUUUACAGACUUAUCGCAUUCCUUUGUCGAUCUGCCAGUAAGUAAAUUAUUGAUUUUAGCAGGAAACGAAAAUCUAGAUAAGGAGUUGAUUGUAGGACAGAUGCAAGGUAAAUACCAACUAGUUGUUUUUCAAGAUUCAGGCCAUUUUAUCCAAGAAGACUCGCCUAUGAAAACGGCAAUCACUCUGAUUGAUUUCUGGAAGCGAAACGAUUUUAGAAACGUGGUUAUCAAGACUAAUUGGGGUCAACAUAAAACGGUGCAAAAUAUGUAG